AUGGCCGGCAGCGCGAGCAAAGCCGUUGGCGACGAGCCGGCGACGCCGUGCUCGCUAUGGUCUGACCUGCCGGCGGAUCUCGCCGGCCUCGUCCUGCCGCGGCUGCCUUCCUACGCCGACCGCGCCCGCUUCGCCUUGGUCUGCCGCCAUUGGCGCUACGCCGCCAAACCUGUACUGCAAUCGUCGUUGCCGAGUCCCCCGACGCUGCCGUGGCUCAAGAUCGUCGACGCCAAAGGGGACACCUUCCGGAGCCUCCCGGACGGCGAGCUCCACCGCAUUCCUGCCCAGCAGGCGCCGCUACUGUCUGCCAACAUGGGCUGGCUACUGUUCAAGGACGCCGACGGCCGCCAUUACCUUAAGAACCCUCUCUCCGGCGAAAUCCUCAGGCUCCCCGGACACUGCAAGCCCCCCGCAAUCCGCCAUGAUUUGCAACCUUAUUCUUCUUCUUCUUCGUCGUCGUCUUCUUCCUCCGGGAGCAGCUCUGACGAGUUCAAAAUCCGGAAGCUGAUCGUGUCAACGCGAGACGACGCGAUCGCCGCCUUGAUCAGCCACCACGGCCUCCCUCCCGGCGUGGCCUGCUGCCGUCCAGCUGACAACAACAACGACGCCACCUGGGCGUGGUCAACGGGCCAGGUCAUCUCCCCCUUCGCCGGCGACGCCAUCCGGUACGAGGACAUGGCCGUCUUCCAGGGCCGGGCGUAUACGGUGACCCCGGGCGGCGACCUCGUCGCGCACGACAUCAUCCGGCGGCUCGGGAGUACCGCCGCUGACGUGGAGGUGGAGCCACGUGUCGGCCACGUCAUCCGCGCCAACGCCGACCAGCUGGACGGGGCGUACGCCAGCCUGCCCUGCGGCCGGAGGAGCUACCUGGCCACCUCCGCGCGCGGCGACAGGCUGCGCCUGGUGCGCUGGAUCGUCCCUUACAAGGUCCGCUGGAACCCCGAGAGCGCGGCGGCGGCGGCCAAGACCAUGGCGUUCAAGGUGUUCGAGGCGGCGGACAUGGACAAGGACGGCGGCGGACGGUGGGUGGAGCUGCAGAGGCUGGACGACGGCGAGGUGCUUUUCCUCAGCGCGGACUGCUCCAAGGCCAUGAGCAUUGACAGCAGCACCUUGUCGUCGUCGCCGUCGUCGUCGUCCAAGAUAUACUUCGCCGACUGCGACCCGAGCUGGUUUCGCGGCCGGCCGGCCAGCAUAUGCCCUCUUCGAACCACCUGUGGGGUGUAUGACAUGAGGACCAAGGUCGUCUCCCGGAUCUCCAGCAAAUGGCCCAUCAGCGACCGGACUCACGCGGCAUGGUUCUUCCCCUUUGUUGAGCACAGUGGCGAUCAGGACUCCAGUCGUUCCGACAAGAACACUGUCACUUGGAGUUGGAGAGGCAUGCUAUCGAGGUUCUUUGCAUCGAUGAUCCGUGCAGGUGUAAAUAAACCACUAGCUCUCCAGUUCCACGCAGAUGUCGUACACUGGUGCUGA